GUAGCGGUGGCGGCUGUAGGGCGCCGCGUCUGGGGAGUGGCUCUCCCCUCCCGCUCCCCACCGCCCCGUUCGGUGGCGGCGGCUCCUCCCACUAGGGGGGGGUGGUGGGACGGCGGUGGCACCUACGGCUAUGGCGGCAACAACUGCUAAUCCCGAAAUGACAUCAGAUGUAUCAUCACUGGGUCCAGCCAUUGCCUCUGGAAACCCUGGGCCUGGGAUUCAAGGUGGAGGAGCUGUUGUCCAGAGGCCUAUUAAACGGCGACCAGGGUUGGAUUUUGAUGAUGACGGAGAAGGGAACAGUAAAUUUUUGAGGUGUGAUGAUGAUCAGAUGUCUAAUGAUAAGGAACGGUUUGCCAGGUCUGAUGAUGAGCAGAGCUCUGCGGAUAAAGAGAGACUCGCCAGGGAAAAUCAUAGUGAAAUUGAACGACGGCGACGGAACAAGAUGACAGCCUACAUCACAGAACUGUCAGACAUGGUACCCACCUGUAGUGCCCUGGCUCGAAAACCAGACAAGCUAACCAUCUUACGCAUGGCAGUUUCUCACAUGAAAUCCUUGCGAGGAACUGGCAACACAUCCACCGAUGGCACCUAUAAACCAUCUUUCCUCACUGAUCAGGAACUGAAACAUUUGAUCCUGGAGGCAGCAGAUGGUUUUCUGUUUAUUGUGUCAUGUGAGACAGGACGGGUGGUAUAUGUCUCUGACUCAGUGACCCCUGUUUUGAACCAGCCGCAGUCUGAAUGGUUUGGUAGCACACUCUAUGAUCAGGUGCAUCCAGAUGAUGUGGAUAAACUUCGUGAGCAGCUUUCCACUUCGGAAAAUGCCCUGACAGGGCGUAUCCUUGAUCUGAAGACUGGAACAGUGAAAAAGGAAGGUCAACAGUCUUCUAUGAGGAUGUGUAUGGGCUCAAGGAGAUCAUUUAUUUGUCGUAUGAGGUGUGGCAAUAGCUCUGUGGACCCAGUUUCCAUGAAUAGACUGAGUUUUGUGAGGAACAGAUGCAGGAAUGGGCUUGGCUCUGUGAAGGAUGGGGAACCUCACUUCGUGGUGGUCCACUGCACAGGCUACAUCAAAGCCUGGCCCCCAGCAGGUGUCUCCCUCCCAGAUGAUGACCCAGAGGCUGGCCAGGGAAGCAAGUUUUGUCUAGUGGCCAUUGGCAGACUGCAGGUAACUAGUUCUCCCAACUGUACAGACAUGAGUAGUAUUUGUCAGCCAACAGAGUUUAUCUCUCGACACAACAUUGAGGGAAUCUUCACUUUUGUGGAUCACCGCUGUGUGGCUACUGUUGGCUACCAACCACAGGAACUCUUAGGAAAGAAUAUUGUAGAAUUCUGUCAUCCUGAAGACCAGCAGCUUCUAAGAGACAGCUUCCAACAGGUGGUGAAAUUAAAAGGCCAGGUGCUGUCUGUCAUGUUCCGGUUCCGGUCUAAGAACCGAGAAUGGCUCUGGAUGAGAACCAGUUCCUUUACUUUCCAGAACCCUUACUCUGAUGAAAUUGAGUACAUCAUCUGUACCAACACCAAUGUGAAGAACUCCAGCCAGGAACCACGGCCUACACUUUCCAACACAAUCCAGAGGCCACAGCUAGGUCCCACAGCUAAUUUAUCCCUGGAGAUGGGCUCAGGGCAGCUGGCAUCCAGGCAGCAGCAACAGCAAACAGAAUUGGAUGUGGUACCAGGAAGAGAUGGACUGGCCAGCUACAAUCAUUCCCAGGUUUCUGUUCAGCCUGUGACAACCACAGGGCCAGACCACAACAAGCCCCUUGAGAAGUCAGAUGGUCUGUUUGCCCAGGAUAGAGAUCCAAGAUUUUCAGAAAUCUAUUCCAACAUCAAUGCAGAUCAGAGUAAAGGCAUCUCUUCCAGCACUGUCCCUGCCACCCAACAGCUAUUCUCCCAGGGCAACACAUUCCCUCCUACCCCCCGGCCGGCAGAGAAUUUCAGAAAUAGUGGUCUGGCCCCUCCUGUAACCAUCGUCCAGCCAUCAGCUUCUGCAGGGCAGAUGUUGGCCCAGAUUUCCCGCCACUCCAACCCCACCCAGGGAGCAGCCCCAACUUGGACCCCUAGUACCCGCCCAGGCUUCUCUGCCCAGCAGGUGUCCACCCAGGCUUCAGCCAAGACUCGUUCUUCCCAAUUUGGUGUGGUCAACUUUCAGACUCCAUCGUCCUUUAGCCCCAUGUCCCUCCCUGGAGCUUCCACUGCAUCACCUGGUGCUGCUGCUUACCCUACUCUCGCCAGUCGUGGAUCCAGCUUUGCUCCUGAGACUGGACAGACUGCAGGACAAUUCCAGACACGGACAGCAGAGGGUGUGGGAGUCUGGCCACAGUGGCAGGGCCAGCAGCCUCAUCAUCGUUCAAGUUCUAAUGAGCAACAUGUUCAACAGCCAUCAGCACAGCAACCUGGCCAGCCUGAAGUCUUCCAGGAGAUGCUGUCCAUGCUGGGAGACCAGAGCAACAGCUACAACAAUGAAGAAUUUCCUGACCUAACUAUGUUUCCCUCCUUUUCAGAAUAGAACUGUUGGGGUGAGGAUAAAGGGGUGGGGGAGAAAAACUGCCAUUUGUUUUAAAAAAACAAAUCUUUUUAUAAACAAUAAAAAUUCCUCUCCCCUCCCUUCCCUCACCCCUAAUGUAUACCCCCUUUCACUUCUGGUCUUUCCCUUGCCCUCCUCCUGCUUUUCUGACACAAUUUAUAGACAAGAUGGAGAGAAUCCUCAAGGCUUUGGGGACCCUUUGAAAAAUUGAGGCUGGGUGAGGUUAAAAAUGCCUUUCCUUAUAGCUCCUGACCAGAAAUUUGUACAGAGUGAUUGUGAUUUGUCAUGGGGCAGGUUAGAGAACCUGACAUCCACUAUUUGCCUUGUACUAUUACUUGUUUUGGAAAAGAAAUUCUGAAUAAGGUGUGGGAAAGGAGAAAGGGUCUUGUGUUAAAAAUGCCUUUCCUUAUAGCUCCUGACCAGAAAUUUGUACAGAGUGAUUGUGAUUUGUCACGGGGCAGGUUAGAGAACCUGACAUCCACUAUUUGCCUUGUACUAUUGCUUGUUUUUGGAAAGAAAUUUUAAAGAAGAUGUGGGAAAGGAGUAAGGUCCUCAUGUUUGAGGACCAUGAAACAUGGUAGGUAUAUAUGGGGCUUUAGUAAGUGAGAAUGUGUUCUUUCUGCUGCCUGUGAACAGUUCCUCUGGAAAGAAACGUGAGUGAGGAAGUGAGAAAGGAGAGUGUGAGUGAGUGAGUGUGUGUUUCUGUAUGUUUCUGUGUUUAUUUUUUUCUCCCUAUUAGGGAGUUAUGCAAAAUUUGUCCCAGAUUUUAUCUUUGUCUUUCUCUGUGUUUUUCAAAGAGUCCUAAGGCGUUAAAUCUUCCAGGUAUUUUCUACUUAGUAUUGCAGCCAAAGAGUAUUUAAAUAAAUGUCUUUGCUGUACUUACAUCUGUGCCCAGCCAAUAUGCAGCUGUAAGCAAAUAUAUAACAUCUUCUGUUGAUAUGGUUGGUCUCUCAUCAGACAUUUAAUGGUAAAGCGGGGUCAUUCCUGCUUCUGGUGCUCUCACCUUAUAUGGAAGAUCUGCAAACAUUACAGAAAUAGGCUGGCAGGAUAAACACUUUCAGAAACCCCAUACUUGGCCAUAAGGAUAAUGCUGCAUUUUUCUGUCAGAAUUACAUAUCUGUGUUCUGUGGAGGUUAUUUCUGCAUGGAAACUCAACUUCUUGGAUUAGCAGUCCCAGUGAAAACCCUCACUGGUGGAGUUUAAACCAAAUGCCAAGCCUUGUUGCAAAGUAGCCUCUUUCAUCCAUUUUCAAAGAAACUGAGAUUUAGGUCUCUCUAGGUCUAUAGCUCUUUCCUCUUUGCUCCCUGUCCAGCCUUAAGAUGGGAUUUUGCUUUGUAGUGCAAAAUGUAAUCAAUCCAUGUGAUAGAUGGGACCUGGACUCCCAUCCCAACAGGGUCACUUAGUAAUUAACUAUAGCCAUAUAAAUGUGGAUACAGGUUACUAUCACUCUUUACCUUCCUCAGGUAACAGCCAUGUGUACCAGCCUUUUUUUUUUUUUUCAAUUGGCUCAGGCCAGUAUUGUAAGUGCAAGACUGAAUUAAUAAGACAUUUUAAAUGUAGCCAUAGGGGACUGAGGAACACAGAUGGCCUUGGAGUGGCUGAAAGAAUGUCAUUACGGGGUUUCCCUCCCUUUUGUCUCCAGUCUAGUGCCAGAUAGUGGAGUGGAAAAGGAGACAGUUUAUUUUUUUAUUCUAUGUGCACACAUACAGUAUACAUAUAUAUUUAUAUCACAAUUUAAGAAACCAAAAAGUUGAGUUUCCAAUGAAAUCGUUUUUUAAUAAUCGCCUGUUUUUUAAUGUGAUCAGGACUAUAAUAUUGUAUAGUUAUUAUAGGGUUUUUGUGGAGGGGAGGGAGAAGAUACUCUGGGGGUUUUGUUUCUGCUUUUCCUUCAGGGUUUUAUUUUUGAUUGUUUUGUUUUUUCUUGUUGGCCAUUUCUGUACUGCUGGCGUCUGUGCUGAGCCUUACGGUGGCAUAAAUAAUGACAUGUAGCAGGUAUUUUAAAACAAAA